CCAGAUCCAGAUGAAUCAAAUUCAGGCGAUAUGGAAGUUGAUGGCGCUGUCCAGAAAGGACCCAAUGACAUCUCUGAAUAUCAAUUGGAUACAUACGACGAUGAGGAGGGAGGGGUUGGUACGCGUGAGCCCUUCCAUCCACAACCAAUAAAAGGUCCAUUUUCCAAUAUGAAGUGGUUAUUGUCUCACGAUGGGACGACCCAUAUCGAGAUAUAUCCUACCGAUAACCUAAUUGUUGUCGCCAAAGUAGAGGCCGACGUCGCGCAAAUGGAAGUUUUUGUGUAUGACGAAUCGAAAGACAACCUAUAUGCCAUCACGAUUUCAUGCUCCCCUCUUUCCCACUAUACUGGUAAUUUCAUUGCUGUAGGAACAUUCGAACCAGAGAUUGAAAUAUGGUCGCUGGACACGAUGGAUGCCGUUUACCCGAUGCCACUCAGCAGCGCGGUCCAGUGGCGGCAAAGCCCAACAAGCGCAAAAAAGCAGGGAAAUCAAACGACAACGGUUAAACUCUGGGACUUGUCCGGAGGAUCCGGGAGUAGUGCCAUCAGGUCAUACAAUAUCCACCAGGAUAAGGUUCAAACAGUACAUUGGUGCCCUAACGAGUCAACUGUACUACUUACUGGAGGUCUUGAUCACACACUCAGGAUGUUUGAUACCAGAGCUCCGACAUCCGUGGUGGGUGUAAAAUUGAACGAGGAGAUUGAAGUUUUGCGGUGGGAUCCAUGGGAUCCAAGUGGAUUUUACGUAGCAUUGAAGGAUGGAAGCGUGCGGAAUUUUGAUGCACGCACACUGUCUGGAAAAAUGGAUUCCGCCCCUCGGUUCAAUAUUGCAGCACAUCAUGGAUCUGCCCUUGGAUUGGACGUCAAUCCCCACCUAAGAGGUUGCAUUGCCACGGGAGGACAUGACGAGAUCGUCAAAGUUUGGGACGUUAAAACCAAUGCGACAACACAGGAGUUAGAUGUCUCGAUGGUUGCUUCCAAAGAGCUUGGUGUCGGAAAGGCAUUCUCUGUAACUUGGUCACCAGACGAUCCCCUUACCCUGGCCGCGGGGGUAUGGGAUGUAAGCACGUCGAAGGACGCGUUCAGGACCUUCAAGUCGAAGUUGUACGAAGCAGGAAAAGAAAUCGAAUUGAGGAUAGGAAAAAGUGAAGUGAUUGGAGUUGACGAUGACGACGACGACGACGAGAACGAUGAUGAUGCCGAUCCAACGUCUGCAUUCGGCAUGUAAGACGAGUACAUAUACGGCAACUCAUUUCGCCAGAUCUUCAUCUUCAUACGACAUCUGCACAACCCCAUCCAUAAUUGAAUACCCGGUUUUCCCUACGCAGCCCCCGGUAUCCUAGGCAGCCUGAUCCUUGAUAAUAUAAGAAUGGAGCGCGGUGUGUGAGUUGGAGUGCAAGCCUUUUUCAGCUGUUGUUAUGACUCGUCACGUUUGACUCAAAUACUUGUGGAGUUGAUUCGCUCAUGUAUGGUGUGGAAUGACGAGGCAGUCGUUAGCGGUGGUGCGUGGUAAAUCACGACUGCGGUGUUAAGCUCGUCAGAACGCUCCCCCAGAUUCGGGAUGCAUGAAGGUCGAACACAGACGUAAAAGGCGCGGAU